AUGCAUAUUACAUAUUUAAGCAAACCGGCUGGACUCUUCAGGAAUCUGGGUAUCCCAAAUCUGCCCACGAAGCUGGAGGAUUUGGAUUCCAAUACAAAUCUCUUCUGGAUCGCCCUCAUUGCCGGCGUCACGUCCCAUGUUGGGUAUUUCAUUCAUGGGGAGCACCACAGAGGCUGCUACAAAAUUGUCAAGAUGCACAUUGCUCUUGAGAUUAUCAUCGCGGGUCUUCUCAUCCGAAAGAAUGGCCAUCAUCUCACGAUUUCCGCCAUCCAGGCGGUUAUUGUGACUGCCGCAUACUUGCUGGGCCUCUUUGGGGCUAUGGGCCUCUAUCGAGGAUUUUUCCAUCCACUUCGUCAGAUUCCAGGGCCUUUCCUGGCUCGGUUCUCCAAUCUGUAUCACUCCUCUUUGCUGGGCAACUCGGAUAACUACCGUGUGGUCUACAAUCUCCACAAAGAGCAUGGUCCGAUUGUACGAACUGGCCCAUCCAAUUUGAGCCUCAACGUCCCCGAGGCAGUCCAGUUACUAUACGGACCAGAAUCACUGUGCGACAAGACUGCAUGGUAUGAAGUCUCACUACCAUUACAGAAUCUGCACACUGUACGCGACAAAAAGGCCCACGAGAACCGUCGGAAAGUCUGGGCCCAUGCAUUUUCACCCAAAGCGUUGACCGAAUAUGACAGGCGUAUCGCUGAGCACUCAGAGCUGCUAUGCCGCUAUGUUGCAGAUCUAAAAGGGAAACCAUUUGACGCGACGCAAUUAUUCAAGUACUAUGCUUGGGAUGUGAUGGGCGAACUCGGUUUUGGCAAGGGGUUCGAGAUGCUGGAAAACGAAAAGAACCGCUACGUACCAGAUCUACUCGAGGAGGGGAUGGCUCCGAUAGCACAACUACAAGUCGUACCAUGGCUGACGAUUCUAUUACACAAAAUUCCAUUCGCUGCUAAAGGUCCGAAGCGAUUCGCGACUUUCUUUACAGAACAGGCUAUGCGUCGUGUUAAGGAGCCUCCUACUAAGCCUGACAUACUUGGAUAUCUGGUUGACCGCUAUAACGAUAGCCCGAAGGCAGAUCCUGACUUCCAGUGGCUCCGCGGUGAUACACGACUUUUUGUUGUGGGUGGCAGUGACACCACUGCAUCGACUUUGACGCACAUCAUCUACCCAGAGCAACUCGCGAAACUGCGCGCUGAGGUCGAGCCACUCCUAGUAGGCCAGGAUACCCUGGACCCUAAGGACGUCGGCGAGGCCAAGCAUCUAAAUGGAAUCAUCCACGAAGUCCUCCGGUUGCACCCUCCUAUCCCAUCUGGCUUCCCGCGGCUCACACCCAAGGAGGGCAUCGUGAUUAAUGGCACCUAUAUCACUGGAGGAACGACCGUGACGGUGCCACUAUGGGCGAUGGGACGUUCCGAGCAAGUCUACGAGUCUCCGCUCGAGUUCAUUCCCGAGCGCUGGUAUUCUCGGCCAGAAAUGAUUAAACAUAAGCAUACGUUUGCCGCCUUCGGUCUUGGCCCUUACGGAUGCAUUGGUCGAGCUUUGGCACUGAUGGAGAUGCGGAACGUGAUUUGCCAUAUUGUUUCUCGUUUCGAGAGUAUUGAGAUGGCUCCUGGUGAGGAUGGUUCCUCGCUGAUGAACAUGAGCAAGGAUCACUUUACGAUGGGCAUUCAGGGUUUUCAAAUGAGGUUUAAGGCUAAAUAG